GCAUGAAGGCGCCCCCUUCCCCUCACCCUAACAGUUAAGAGGGGAACAACUACUUCCUCAGCUUCAAACAAACCCCACGUACUCGUGGUAUAAAACAAGCCAAAAAUCUUGAAGCCACGAAUGGAAACAAAGAAAAUUUGGAUCAUCAAGUUGGGGAGGUUGUGAAAGAUGAGAAGAGUGAUAUACAUGAUAUAAAAAUACCAAAAGCCAAAGAAAAAACUCAACAACAUGCUCAUGUUGAAGAGGAAAAAGAAAAAGAUACCCUUGAUAAUGUUUCCUCUGUUACGCACUACCAAGAGCAACAACAUAAAGUGUCUCAAACUGAAGAAAUGGAAGAUAUGGCUCAUGAACAAGAACAUGAUGGCUCAAACUCCGACCAGGAAGCCAAGGACAAUGACAACAAAGAGGAGAUCAACGUUACACACGAGGAGACUAAAACAAAAACUGAAGACAAAAAAGUAGAAGGUAAUAAAACUGAACUGGCUGCUACAAAAGAAAGCGAAGAAAACAAUGAUGAAGCAAAAGAGCAAGGGAUUGAAUCAGUUGAAGAGGAAGCCAAUGUGGUUUCUCAAAGCCAAGUAGAAGCCGAAACAGAGGAUGGGGAAAAGGAAACAGUUGAACAGGAAGCAAAUGUCGUUCCUGAAAGUCAAGUACAAGCAGAAGUAGCGGAGGGGAAACAGGAAAUAGUUGAAGAGGAAACAAAUAUGGCUCCUGAAAGUCGUGUACAAGCAGAAGCAGAAGAAGCACAAGGGAAGCAAGAAACAGUUGAAGAGGAAGCAAAUAUGGUCCCUGAAAGUCAAGAACAAGCAGAAUCAGCAAACGGGAAGGAAGAAAAAGUUGAAGUGGGUGCAGAUUUGAUUACUAAAAGCCAAGUUCAAGCAGAAGUAGCCAAUGGAAAGAACAAACCAUCAACACCCAACAGUGUUGUGGUGAAGAUGACGACCAGUAAGCUAGUUACAGAGAGGAAGGGCAGCGUGAGAGCAUUGGUCGGGGCAUUUGAAUCCCAUGGCAAAAGCAAGGGCAGGGUGAGAGCAUUGGUUGGGGCAUUUGAAUCUCAUAGAUAAAGCAAACUUCAAUGCGAAAUCACUAAUUCUCUGGCAAAUAAAUCAACCAUGUC